AAUAAGAUGUCACGCCCCAGAACCCAAAUCCAGGGACGUGGCAGACGCCGUGCACUCGUGAGACGAGUCCCACAAGUGCACAAGGCUCAGAACUUAUCCAAAUCACAAAAUCUCAUGAAUAAAAUCAACCUUACAAAAGGAUGAUAAAAUCUAAAACUUAUACCCCAAUUGAAUGGCUAGCCUUCUAAUUCGUCACUCCCCUCGGUUUUCCCGUCCUUGGUUUCGCUUCCUGAAAUGGUGGACAAGGAAAACCAUGAGAUAAACUCAGUAAGUAAAUAUGGAUAGCCCUUGGGUAAAACUUUGAAGCAUACCAGAUAAACCAUGUAAGCGUAACAGACUUUUAAUGAUAAAUCAUUAAUGCAGAAAUCGGAUUCAGUUCAAUAACAAAACGUUUCAUAACAAACCGUUACAUGCAGAAGAAAACUCAGUUCAGUAGUCUCAUCUAUAAGUCAUGGCCAGUGUUUACAAACUCCCACUGGCAGGCGUCAGUAAUGGUACCAGUGUUUACAAACUCUCACUGGUAGGCGUCAGUAAUAGUGCCAGUGUUUACAACUCCCACUGGCAGGCGACAGUAAUAGUGCCAGUGUUUACAAACUCCCACUAGCAGGCGUCAGUAAUAGUGCCAAUGUUUAACCCCAUCGGCAGGGUGAACCGGUUCCACAAAAAUACAUGUCGACAUGUGCUAGCAUUUACAGCUCCCACUAGCGGGCGUCAGUAAUCAUGACUAUAUCCGAGACAAAUCCAUGCAAGAUUUACAGAAAAACCUGAAUUUCACAAUCAAUCCCGAAUUUCAGAACAAACCGGAAAAGUUCCAUGCGGGCAUGGAUUUAACAGAAAACUCAACAUUUACAAAAUUCUCAGUUCAUCAAAACAGUUCAGUCAAUUCCCAAAUAGGCAUGUUCAACUCCAGAAAAACAAUGAAAUUCCCAUUUUCAUUUCUCAAUCAUGCUCAUUUCCAGAAAAUCAAUAAAAUCCUCAUUUUCAUUCCAAUCAUGCUCAAUUCCAGAAAAACAGUGAAUUUCCCAUAAAACCCAUCACAAUUUGCAUUCCAGUUUAAUCACACUCAAAUGCCGAUAAAAUCAAUUUAAAGCUUGCCACCAUCUCAAAAACAGUUUAAAACAUGCUUUAAAAUCAAAGGGCUUUACCAUA